UUUGAAUAUAUUUCUGUUGUAUUGACUGCUGGUGUUUUCAGAAUCUAAAGCGACUAACGGAGAGAGAACUCUUUUAAAACUUGAAUUAUCAGGUUCUACUGACACUGUGACCUAAAUCAUGCUUCAGUCCAAAGUGUCAGCUGUUGUUUUCAUCUUUCUCCUUGGGAGUAUGCUGACUGAAGCUGAUGCUAAGCCCAUCUCAAAGAGGCAUGUCCGCCGUGAUUGGUUGAUCAUACCUGACACAAUUGCACUGCAUUUAUAUAAUUCAUUGAACAAAGUGAGCCCUAAAGCUGCUGAGUUUGUGGUUGAGGUUGCCAAGGCUCUGCCCAUUCUUGAGAUAAGGAACUUCUUAAUUAAAGAAACAGCUCGUAUCAGUGUGCUGGCUGAACAGCUGGCAGAAAAAGCACGUGGCCUACGGAAACAGGAAGUAAAUGAACCAACACUGCAGUAGAACCAAAUGUGUGCUGCAUCCUCUCUGUUUUACAUACUCACAGUAAGAUAUCAACAGUGUGCAAUUUUUGACAAUGUCACUAGAGGGGGUGAGUAGCCCAGCUUCAGUGUGGCGAGCUAACAUAUGGCUCUCUUCCCAGAAGAAUCACUUCAGCUGUGAACUCUACUGAUUUAUCAGUCAAUUAUUUUUAUUCUGCAAUCAGCCAUAAGGGCUCACAGUUAACUAAAUUGUAGCAGUUUGUAUCCUUGGCAUUUCAUUAACUUUUAACUUCACUGUUUAUCCUUCCCUCCCUGUCAUCUAACCUUGUGUAUAGCUGCCCACCAACUAAAUAAAUGUGUCAG